UUCUUUUUUUUUUUUUUGCUGUUCUCUUUAUAUUUUUUCAAGUUGUAUAGCAAAUAUUUUGAUUUUGUCCCUUUCUUCUUUUAUUGAUGUUUGCAUCUAUUCCUGUACAUUGACCUCUGAGCACUGCCUUUGCUGUGUCCCUCAAGUUUUGGUAUGAUGUGUUUUCAUUCUCAUUUGAUUCUAUAAAUUUUAGUUCCCAUCUUUGCUUUCUUUUAUAACCCAGUGGUUUUUAAGCAGGUUGUUAUUCAGGAUGUUAUUUAGUUUCCAUGUAAUUGAUUUUUUUUUCCUUCCUCUUACUGUUUUUAAUUUCUACUUUAAUGGCAUUGUGAUCAGAGAAGAUACUUUAUAAUAAUCUCAAUUUUUUGGAAUUUGUUAAGUGUUACUUUGUGCCCUAAGAUGUGGCCUAUUCUGAAGAACGUUCCAUGUGUGUUUGAAAGGAAUGUGUAUUUUGCAGCUGUUGGAUGGAGUGUUCUCUAUAUGUCUACAUGAUCAAGUUGGCUGAUUGUGUCCUUUAGAUCUCCUGUCUUUGUUGAGAUUUUUCCUAGAUGCUUUGUCCUUUACUGAGAGUGGUGUGUUGAAAUGUAUUACUAUUAUUGUAGAACUGUCAAUUUCUCUUUUCAGCUCUGUUAGAGUUUGUUUUAUGUAUUUUGGAGCCCUGUCGUUGGGUGCAUAGAUAUUUGUUACGGUUAUGUCUUCAUGAUGGAUUGUUCCUUUAAUCAUUAUAUACUGCCAUUCUUUCUUUUAUGGUAGAUUUGUUUUAAAGUCUGUUUUAUCUGAGAUGAGUUUUGUCAUUCCAUUUUUUUAUUUUAUUUUUAAUUUUUCUGGGGGCGGGGGGUAACUCUUUUCUUAAUAUGUUUUUUCAGUCCUUUGAUUUUUAAUAAAUUUAUGUCUUUGUUUCUAAGAUAGGUCUCUUUUAGACAGCAUAUUGUUCUUUUUAUUUUUUAAACCAGGCUUUCACUUUCUGUCUCUUUAUGGGUCCAUUUAGGCCAUCUAUGUUCAUUAUAAGUAUUGAUAGAUGUGAAUUUAUUGCUGUCAUUUUGUAGCUUUUUUUUGGUGGUGCUGAUGUUUGCUUUGUUCCUCUUUCUCUCCUGUGCUGAAUUCCUUUGUGUGUGUGUGUGUGUGUGUGUGUGUGUGUUUUAUUAUUUCUUUUGUUUUUGUAGAUUUUGUGUUUACUGAAGCUUUAUGUUUUUCCUCUUUUUUUUGGUGAAUAGGUUUGUUAGUUUUCUUUGUGGUUGCCUUGAAACUUACCCUUAUCUUCCUAAGUUUCAACCAGUCUUUAAUACCUUGGUAUUGCCUUGCCUUCUUCUCCAUAAAAAGUUCUAUACCUACACCAUUUAUUCCCUCUUUCACUGUUCUGAAGUUUUUGUCAUUGUCUCUUGUUCCUGUUAUAAAUCUUUUAGGUUUGUUUAAUCCUCAAGUGUUCAUUUCCUAGGUUGGAAUCUAGGUCUUGAGUCCUAAAUUCAUGCUGUCUUCUGACGUUGGUUGUCCUCAAACUGACAGAUUCCCUUUAAUAAUUCUUGUAAUUUGAUUUGCUUUUUACAUAUUCCCUUAAUUCCUGUUUAUCUGGAAAUGUCCUAAUUUCACCAUCAUAUCUGAACGAGAGUUUGGCAGAAUGUAUUAUUCUUCUUGGCAUUUUUUUUCUUUCAAGGAUUUAUGUAUAACAUCCAGCUUCCUUCUUCCUUACAUGGUUUCUGCUGAGUAAUCAGAGCUUAAUCAUAUUGUCUCCAUACUGUGACUUUUCAGUUAUCUCGAGGUGCUCUCAGGAUUCUUUCUUUGUCUUUAGUUUUAGUGAGUAUGAUUAUGAUAUGCCUUGGUGAUUUUCUUUUUGGCUCUAUCCUAUGUGGGGUUUGUUUAGCUUCCUGAAUGGUCAGCUUUUCAUCUUUCAUGAUAUUAGGGAAGUUUCUGUCAGCAAUUCUUCAAUGAUCCUCUCUGGGUUUUCUGUUUUCUUCACCUGUUGUGGAACUCCGAUCAGUCAUAAAUUUUUGCUUUUUACUGAAUCUCACAUCAUUCUUGGCAGUUUCUUCAUUUUUCUUUGUUCUUUUUUCUGAUUUUCUUCAAACACAGUGGUAUCCAAAUAUUUGUCUUCAGUUUCACUGAUCAUAUCUUCCAUUGUUUCAAACCUAUCCCUCAGACCGUCUAUGACACUGUCCAUUUCUGAAAUCUUGUUUUUUAUCUUCUAAAUUUCUAAUUGCUGUUUUUGUAUAAUUUCUAGUUGUGAAUUUAUUUUGGCAUUUUGGUCCUGUAUUGUUUUUCUGAAUUCUUCCAUUGUUUUGCCUGUCUUUUCCAUGAUUUUGUCUAUUUUUUUUUACUCAUUUUUCUCUGCUUUUGCCUUCAACUCUCAGAUAGCUCUGAAUAUGAGAGAUUUGAAGUCCCUAUGAAGUAGUUCCAGUGCCUUUUCUUCUGCUGAAAGGUCAUCUGGUGUUUUAUUUUGGACACCUACUGGAACAAUUCUGUCCAUUUUUUUUUUUAAUGUGUUUUGAUAUUUUCUGUUGUCUUCAGGGCUUUCAGUAUUUUCUUUCUUUAUUAAUUGUAGAUUUGUUUGUUUUGUUCUGCUUUUUGUUUUAAUUAGUUAUAUCUAGGAUAUAGGCUGUCCUUCUUUGUUGUUUGCUUAUCUGUGGGCACAAUAUUUCUUACCAUGUUGUCCAAUGGGCAUGGCUAGUUGCUCAGCUGUGUUGCAGUUAUGGUACUCUGCCUUUUGCUGGGAGCUCCAUGAAGUUGUUCUCCUGCACUCCCUGUCCACUGAUCUUGAAAAGUUGUCCAAGAUAGAGAAUCUGUGCUGCAUUAGCUGAAAGCAGAUCUCCAUUUUAUAUCUCUCCUUGCUAUUAUCUCGCAGUUUCUUAUUACAUCUGGUGCUUUGUUGAUUUCUUUGACUCUUCAUUUGAUGCACAGGGCUCUGGAUUGAUGUUUGUCCCUGUUUUACUUAGUUUUUUUUGUGUUUUUGAUGUUAAGGAAUGAUGUGGUGCAUCUGUCUAUAGCAUCAUGUUGGCCCCACCUCCAAGGAUAUACUUUUUAAAAAUCAAAUAGUUAGUGGAUAAGAAUAUCAUUUAGAAAUAUUGUUGAUCACAAGGAAAAGAAAAUCAAAUUCUGCUAAAUGAAUUAGUAAUGGUUUUCUCUGGAUAUUGGGGCUAAAGAUGCAGGAACAAACAGCAGAGGCCUAUACAUUUUUAUUAUACUUCCUUCUAAACUUUGAUGUUUUUACUAAUUAUAUGUAUUUUAAAAUUUUAAAAAUUAAUAGAUUAUUAGCUUUUCCAAUCUAGUCCAAACAUAUCUUAUGUUCUAUUGCUAACAGAACUGUAUACCUUGCAAUGAUAACCAGUAUAUAACACAAAAAUAAAAUUAUUUUAACAUGUCAACACUCCUUGCAAACCCUAUGUGAUAGUUCUACUCUAUCUGGUAGGGCCACUAUGAGUUGGAACCAAAUCUACAGCAACAGUUUUCUUUAUGCUAUAACAGUUUCUAAAUUUAUUUCUAGGAUCAAUGACAAAGAUGGGUUUUGUUUGAAUUACUUCAUCUGAAAAAAUCAAUUUAUCUCACACAUAAUGGCUUUGUAUACUGAAGUUUUACCUUGUGAUAACUUCUGAAACUUAAUAACUAUUCUGAUGGUUCUUCCCACAGUAAACUUCCUUAAUGGCAUGGAUGGAUAAGCAAAACCUAACAAUGAUAAAGGAAUUCAUACUAAUGGGGAUCACAGACCGCCCUGAGCUCCAGGCUCCAUUCUUUGGGUUGUUCCUCAUCAUCUAUGUGAUCUCAGUGGUGGGCAACUUGGGCAUGAUCAUCCUCACCAAGAUGGACUCCAGGCUAAAAACACCCAUGUACUUUUUUCUCAGACAUCUGGCUUUUACUGAUCUUGGAUAUUCAACUGCUGUGGGGCCCAAAAUGUUGGUAAAUUUUAUACAGAAUCAAAAUACAAUCCCUUAUAUUUGGUGUGCUAUACAGCUAGCCUUCUUCAUAAUGUUCAUCAUUAGUGAACUUUUCAUUCUGUCUGCAAUGGCCUAUGACCGCUAUGUGGCCAUCUGUAACCCUCUGCUCUACAAAGUCAUCAUGUCUCAAAGAGUAUGCUGGGGCCUGGUGAUAGUUUCCUAUCUCUACAGUGCCUUUCUCUCUCUUCUGACCACAAUAAAGAUUUUUAUUUCUUCCUUCUGUGGCUAUAAUGUCAUUAGUCAUUUCUACUGUGACAGUCUUCCAUUAUUAACAUUGCUGUGCUCAAGCACACUUGAUGUUGAACUGAUAUUACUGAUCGGUUCAGCAUUUAAUUUGGUUUCAUCCCUUCUGAUAGUUCUUGUGUCCUACAUGUUGAUCCUUGCAGCUAUCCUUAGGAUGAACUCUGCAGAGGGGAGGUACAAGGCCUUCUCUACGUGUGGUUCUCACCUGAUAGUAGUAUUUGUGUUAUACGGGACUCUAUUCUUUAUGUAUGUUCAACCCAAAUCCAGCCAUUCCUUUGAUACCGAUAAGAUGGCCUCUGUAUUUUACACUGUGGUAAUACCUAUGCUGAAUCCCUUAAUAUAUAGUUUGAGGAACAAAGAGGUAAAAGGUGCUUUGCAUAGGAUAUUGAAAAAUUUAUCCAAAAUUCCUAUUUAAAGUUGAAUGUAGAGUGCAGAUUCAACAAAUUAAGUUAUAGACAGUUGUUUAUUAUAGCUUCUAGGUUUUUAGAAAUAAAACGUGUAAAAGGCAUGGGAAACUAGAAAAAUUUCCCCUGUUUUCAAUCAAAAUUUAUGCCUUAUAGAUGUUGAAGUACUGAUUAUCCUUCUGGUAUCAAUGUUGGUUUGGGCUCAAGUUCAGUACAUGUGCCUGAAUUUGACAUCACUGUUGUCACAUUGCCAAAUAUGUAUGUUACCAUUAAAUAGAAGCCUUUUGUAUGCAUCUCUUAGUAAACAAUCUUUUUUUUUAAUUUAAAUAUUAAAUAAAAAAUGUGUUUUCUUUGUGUCUUACAUAUCAUUUAAACCACAGUGUUUGUACCAUGCUUAUAUACAGCGAUGAGAACUAUUUAAAAAAUGUCUUUCUUCACACUUCAAAUCUGUCUCCCUUUAUAGUGGGUGAUAUUUGAGAUUUCUUUUGAAAUAAAAUGUGUAUGUUUGACAAAUCAGAAAUAGCAGUGUAAAUGUUUUCAAGUGACAUGACUGUGUGUAUAAAAAAUCCAGAAUAAUUUAUCAACUGAAGAGAAAGAAAUAACUUUUCAAGGUUGAUGGAGAUGAGAUUAAUAUAUUAGAAAAAAAAAAUUGUUUUGCUAUGUACUUGUAACAUGUGGAAACAAAUUUAAUUACUAUUUGCAAUAGCACAAAAAUAAAAAAAAUGCAACAGGAAUUAUCUAAUGAAAGAUUUAGAAGACAUGAAGGCUACAAACUACAAAAAGUUACUUUGUUUUUAAAGGUGACAUAAAGUUAGAGAAAUACUAUGUCCAUGGGUGGAAAGAAAUAAAUGUCAUGAAGAUGUCAAGUGUUCUUAAAUUACCCCAUAAAAUUAAUGCAAUUACAAUACAAAUUCCAAUAUAUGUGUAUGUAUGUAUAUACACAUAUAUAUCUACAUGUGCAAAGACCUGGAGUUAGAAACCCAAAAAGAAAGAACAUGCUUGGCCUUUCGCAAGCUGAAAGAAAUGAAGAAAAAAUUCAAGGCUCAACUUGCAAUAUUGAAGAAUUCUCUGGGGAAAAUAUUAAACAACAGGAAACAUCCAAAGAAGAUGGAAAGAAUACACACUCACUGUAUCAAAAAUAAUUGGUAGAUGUUCAACCACUUCAGGAGGUAGCAUUUGAUCAGGGACUGAUGGUAAUGAAGGAAGAAGUCCAAGCUUCACUGAAGGGACUGGUGAAAAACAAGGUUCCAGGACUGACAAGACACCAAUUGAAAUGUCUCAACAAAGAGAUGUAGUGUUAGAAUUGCUCAUUCGUGUAUGUCAAGAAAUUUAGAAGACAACUACCUGGUCAAUUGACUGGAAGAGAUCCAUAUUUAUGCCUAUUCCCAAGAAAGGUGAUCCAACCAAAUAGAGAAAUUAUCAAGCAAUAUCGUAAAUAUCACACACAAGUAAAAUUUUUCUGAAGAUCAUUCAAAAAUGACUGUAGCAGUUAUCAACAGGGAACUGCCUGAAAUUGAAGCUGGAUACAGAAGAGGACAUGGAACCAGGUAUAUCGUUGCUGAUGUGAGAUAUAUCCUGGCUGAAAGCAGAGAAUACCAAAAUGAUGUUCACCUGUGUUUCAUUAACUCUGCGAAAGCAUUCUAUUGUGUGGAUCAUAACAAAUUAUGGAUAAUAUUGUAAAGAAUAGGAAUUCUAGAACACUUAAUUGUGCUCAUGAGAAACCUGUGAAUACACCAAGAGGCAGUCAUUUGUACAGAACAAGGGGAUGAUAUUGCAUGGUUUAAAGUCAAGAAAGAUGUGUAUCAGGGUAGUAUUUUUUUGCCAUACUUAUUCAAUCUGCAUGUUGAGCAAAUAAUCUGAGAAGAUGGACUAUAUGAAGAAGAAUGGGGCCUCAAGAUUGGAGGAAGACUCAUUAACAACAUAGGCUACACAGAUGACACAGCCUGGCUUGUUGUAAGUGAAGAGGACUUGAAGCACUUACUGAUGAAGAUAAAAGACUACAACUUUCAGUAUGGAUUACACGUCAACAUAAAGAAAAGAAAAAUCCUAACAGCUAGACCUUUAAGCAACAUCAUGAUAUGUGGAAAAAGAUUGAAGUUUUCAAGAAUUUCAUUUUACUUGGAUCCACAACCAAUGCCCAUGGAAGUAGCAGCCAAGAAAUCAAAAGAUGCAUUGAAUUGGGCAAAUUUGUUUCAAAAGAUCUCUUUAAAAUGUUGGAAAGCAAAGAUGUCACCUUGAAGACUAAGGUGAACCUUACCCAAGCCUCAGUUUUUCAAUUGCCUCAUAUGCAUGUGAAGUUUGGAUGAUGAAUAAGGAAUACCGAAGAAGAAUUGAUGCCUUUGAAUUGUGGUGUUGGUGAAGAAUAUUGGAUGUAUCAUGGGCUGGCAAAAGAAUGAACACAUCUGCCUUGGAAGAAGUACAACCAGAAUGUUCCUCAAAGCAGCGAAGGAAAGAGGGCUUCUCACAUACUUUGAACAUGCUAUCAGGAGGGAUCAGUCCCUGGAGAAGGACAUGAUACUUGGUAAAGAAGAGGGUCAGGAAAAAAGAGGAAGACCCUCAAGGAGUUGGAAUGACACAGUGGCUGCAACAACGAGCUCACGCAUAAUGAUUGUGAGGAUGAAGCAGGACCAGGCAGUGUUUCCUUCUGUUGUACAUAAGGCCGCUAUGAGUCAGAACUGACUUGAUGGUCCAUAACCACAACAGCAAUAAAAAUUGGCAAAACUUAUCAAUGCUGUUCCACCACAUGUCUGUCAGUUUGUUGUAUUGUGGUGGCUUGCAUGUUGCUGUGAUACGGGAAGGUUUGCCACUGGUAUAUCAAACACCAGCAACGUCAUCCACGGCGAACUAGUUUCAGUGGGUUUUCAGACUAAGACAGACUAGGAAGAAGGACCUUGCAGUGUACUUCUGAGAAAAUUAGCCACAUAGGGUUUUAUGUUAUGAAUAGCAGUGGAACAUUGACUGGUACAGUGCCAGAAGAUGAGCCCGUCAGCUUGGAAGGCACAGGAAACAUGAUCGGGGAGGAGCUGCCUCUUCAAAGUUGAGUCGACCUUAAUGAUGUGGAUGGAGUCAAGUUUUGGGGGCCCUUCAUUUGCUGAUGUGGCAUGACUCAAAAUGAGUAGAAGUAGCUACAAAUAUUCAUUAAUCAUCAGAGUGUGAAAUGUACAAAGUAUAAAUCUAGGAAACUUGGAAGUCAUCAAAAUGAAAUGGAACACAUGAACAUUAAUAUCUGAGGCAUUAGAGAGCUAAAAUGAACUGGUACUGGCCAUUUUGAAUCAAACAAUCAUAAUAGUCUUUUAUACCAGGAAUGAAACAUUGAAGAGGCAUGUCGUCCCAUUCAUUGUCAAAAAGAACAUUUCAAGAUGAAUCCUUAAGUACAAUGCUGUCAGUGAUAGGAUAAUAUCCGUUGCCUACAAGGACAACCAAUUAAAAUGACUAUUACUCAAAUUUACCUUCUGUCGUACAUAGGGUCACUAUGAGUCAGAACUGACUUGAUGGCACCUAACAACAACAACAUGUCAGCAUGGUGGUUAUAUUUCUGGGAUCUUGCUAAUUUUUUAUGUUGCUGUUAUUAAAUGUGGAUUCUGGUUAAAAAGAUGUAUUAAGUUUUUAAAAAUAUAUUUAUAGUGAGUGCAUCUUUACAUGUGUGUUAUAUUUCAAUAAUAAAUUAAUACCACCAUACUAAAAACAAAAACAAACCAAUUCUCAUCAAGUCAGUUCCGACUCAGGAAGAUGUCAUGCGUUUCGAAGAAGAGACUCAUUUCACAGGGUUUUCAGUGGCUGUCGCCUUUCAGGAGCAGAUCACCAGGCCUUACUUCUGAAGUGUCUCUGGAUAGGUUUGAACCACCAGCCUAUCAGUUAACAGCCCAGUGCUUAAUGGUUUGCGCCACCCAGGGACCCCCUCAACACACCAUGAAAAUGGAAAAAACAGCUACACAUACAGAUCUAUAAUUUUUCCUUGUGAAAUUUUUACAAUUAUGCAGUGGGUAGAAUUUAUACAUGUCUCUAUGUUGUGUCCUCACAGGUACAAUAUUUUGAUUUUAGAUUGCUAGAUGGCAGCAGAGUAGGCUUAACCCAGAGAAGUUGUGAAAAGUUACCUAAAGUAAAGGUAUUUUGCAUAAUUAGCAGAUAUCCCAUUGGCUUUGUUUGAAACUUUCAAAUGCUUCAGGCAUAAUUAACAAAUUGCACUCCUUCUCCUCAGGGAGAGUCUCAAAGGAAGAAAGAAGCCCAUAAAUUCUCCUUUUGGGUUAUGUUAGGGAGGCAAGGGAAGCACACACAGAUUCUUCAUUAGUGGUGAGUAGGUGACACAUUUUCCUGUGACCACCCCUCAGAGUUCCAGUGUUUUUUUAUGACCCCAACUGCCAUUUAACCUAAUACCCACACUAGAGGACUUAAUCACAGGAAUUAACGAACUUCUUUGAUAAUCACAAUUUCUGAGGUAGUUCGAUAUUGCAGCCACCUUUAUAGUCUUUGAGGAAAAUUAGACUUAACUCCAUUACCUUUAUGGUUAGUUGAUAUUCUUUAGAUAGUAAAACAAAUGCAGUUAAUGCUGUUAGGAAACGUCCCAUUGAAAUCCUUACGUUUUUUAUGAUCUUUUUGGCAUAGUGGUUUAAGGGAUGGACUGCUAACCGAAAGGAUGGAGGGUCGAAACCACUAGAGGAUCCAUGAGAGGAAGAUGUGGCAGUCUGCUUCUGUAGAGCUUUACAGCCUUGGAAACCCUAUGGGCUCACUAUUUGUCAGAGUCAACUUGAUGGCAGUGGGUUUUUCUAUCAUUUGGGCCCUCAACUAAAUGUCAAAUAUGAUAUUGUCAUUGGUAGGUAAACAGAUAUGUUUCAGAAUUUGUCACCUGAAUUCAUAAUAGAUUCCCAUAGUGUUUUUGGGUUUCUUGUAACUUAAAAAAAAGUAAUAUUUUCUAUGAUCCUAACAUUUGCUUAUUUCAUAUAUUUCCUGAAUUUACCAAUAUCACUAAGGGAUCAAAGUCAUGUGCAAUAUACAAAUUUUUAGUUGGAGGCAUGGCCAAAGUAAAAUAUUAAGGUGUCUGUUUUACUACAUCAUGCCUCCCUCUCAUCAUGUUUAAUCAGUAAGAGGACUGCCCCUCCGCCAUCCUCCAAAAGCUGGAUGGAGUCUUUGAAAUGUCAUUAAAUUACUCUUUGAAUGAGUAAAUACACACCUAAUACAGAUCAGAAAUAAGAUUAAACUCUGCACAACUAUAGGUUUAAGAAAAUAAGAUACCUUGCAAAAUUAAAAAGCAGCAAAAUAUGUUAUGCUUUAAAUCAAGGUGUCUUUUUCUCUCAUUUAUUGGUAG